GCAGUAAAGGCGCGUAACAGAGACGAACUGACUGUAGACCACAGAGAAGUCACGCAGAGCCAGAGAGAGACCGCGCACGGAGCGACCCUCAUCAGCUCUGACGUCCGGCGCUGGCAGAUGCGAUUCCAUCCAAUUACAAUGGACGGUGUGGACCCGACUAACGCGCCUGUAUACACACAGUACAUCGCACUGUGAGGCGGCGGUGGAGGAGCGACAAUAGGCUACAAUGCGCACGGGGCAUGAGCUGGCAGCAGUGAUUUAGAGUGAUUUUGUUCUUACUUCGUUUGCUUCAGAAGAUACGGAUAGCUGCGAAAUAUCAAGGUUGUGUUUGGAAAAUACUGCAGAGGAAAAGCAUCAUGUUCUCCAGCAUCAUGGUCCUGCUGCUGGUUGGAGGUCCCUGCCUGCUCAGACCCGUGCUGGGCUGUCCGGCUGGCUGUCGCUGCUACAGUCUCACUGUGGAGUGUGGCUCUAUUGGGAUCAAAGAAAUCCCACAGGGCGUCCCCACGGUCACAGAGACUAUAUUUCUUCAGGACAACGCGAUAACACAGAUUCGGCUACAGGACAUGUCCCGUCUGGGCCAGCUGCAUUACCUCUACCUGCAGAACAACAGUAUCUCUGCUCUGGAGCCUGGGGCCUUCUCCAGCCAGGGACAGCUCUUGGAAUUGGCCCUGAAUGGGAAUCUCAUCCACCUGGUCAGUCCUGAUAUGUUCCGUGGCUUGGAGCAUCUCCGAAUCCUCUACCUCGCUGGGAACCAGAUCACCAGAGUGCAGGACUAUACCUUUAGGGGGCUACAGCGUUUGCAGGAACUCCACCUCCAGGAGAACAGCAUAGAGCUGCUGGCGGAGCGGGCUCUCACUGGCCUGUCCUCUCUGGCUCUGCUGGACCUGAGUCGGAAUCACCUCCGCACGCUGGGCUCCUCCUCCCUCACCCCUCUGGUCAGUCUGCAGGUGCUCCGAGUCACAGAGAACCCAUGGCGGUGUGACUGUGCACUGGGCUGGCUGCGUACUUGGAUCAGUGAAGAUGGACAGCGCCUGCUCAGCUCUGCAGAACAGCGUCGCCUUAUGUGUUCCGAACCCCCGCGGCUCUCUCACCUCAGCUUAGUGGAGGUCGCCCCCAACAGUCUGGUGUGCAUCCCCCCUGUGGUCCAACUCGAGCCCAGCCACUUGACAGUCCGCCUGGGGGAGAGUCUCCGAGUGUCCUGCCAAGCUUCUGGAUACCCCCAACCUCAAGUCACAUGGAAGAAAGCCUCCCACGGCAAGGCACAGUUAUCACCACGGGGUCUUGUCCAGGAAAUCGGACCAAAUGGAGAUUUCUUCAAACCUGGGGCUGGUGGAGUAGUGACUGCCUUACCCAGCAGCAGUAAAGUUAAAGUCAGUAGUGUCCAGCUUAUCCGUGGAACAGAAGAGGGCGGAGAGCGAGACAGUUUCGACCCUGAUACCGGUAGUGGGAUGCUGUUCCUUAGCAACGUCACAGUGGCCCAUGCAGGUCGGUACGAAUGCGAAGCAUGGAAUCCCGGUGGCAUUGCAAAAGUGACCUUUCACUUAGCGGUCAAUAUGUCCUCUUCCUCAUAUUCUUCUCAGUUAUGGCCACGUCUCAAUACGAACGCAUUCAUCUCCUCUUCGUCAAAUUCAUUCUUUCAGCCUGAGGUUUUGGACAUAAGCCAAGAGCCCCUUUAUGAGCAAGACAGUAUGGAUUUUAAUGCUUUAGGACCCGCGACGCAAACUGCCAUCGCUGUUGGUAUCUCUUUACUGGCUCUCACUGCAGUUCUCCUUUUAAUCAUGAUAUACACCCGCCACCAACAGUUCCGCAAAGAAGAGGGUGGGAGUUGUUGCUCAGGCAAAGAAGAGGGGAUUUUGUACAUGAACGACUACUCAGAAGGACCUUCAAGCUUUGCACAGUUGGAAGAAUAUCGUGAUGAUGAUGGACAUGAGAUGUAUGUUUUCAACCGCUCAAAGUCCAAUCUAGGGACAGGGCCGUCAAGAUGUCACAUGGUCAGUGGGUUUGUCCAGCAGAAGGGGAUAAAGGAGGUACUUCUGGAUCAUGAGGUAGUCCAGACGCUGAGCAGGUCUGGAGGGAUUGGGCUGAGGAGAAACCCAGGCGACGGAGGUGAGGGACCCUUAACUACAGACCCAGAGGAGCUGUUCCUCAGUCAGAGCCUUCUGUUCGGGUCACAGGUGGCCUAUGAGAUCCAUUGCUAAAGGUGGGACAAUGUGUUUGGAGCGAGAAGUACCAAAAUGGACAGAAAUGAAAUGCAUAUCUUUGAAAGAGAGAAUAAGGGAUGGUUUACAAAAGCCUCUUGGGGAGCCUUACAGGUAUAACACUGCAAUGAGCGUCAAGUGAGAGAAGAACACUUUAUUUUAAAAGAAAAAAAAAAAAUUAACAACUCUAUUUAAAAAACGAGUCUAACCCCAAUUACAAAAAAAGGUUGAUAUGAUGUAAAGCCAUAUUAUACUUCACUAAACUAAAACUUUAGUUAGGUUCUCAACUGCUGAAUCUACUAUUUUGGAUAAAACGUUUGUAAGAGUUUCAUUCUAUUUAAUUAAUGUUAUUUACAUUUUACACAGCAACAUUUUUGCACUUGGGGUUUGAUAAAAUGGCUGUUUGGCAGAGAGGCAUAUGACUCAGAGAGCUUCUAAAAAUAUUAUUUUCUACAGUUUUUGUCUGAUUUGUCUGUACUAAAUAAAUAUGCUGAAAACCCAUUUCACUGUAAUGUACAGUUGCUUUGUGCAUAGCCCUAAUUCUAACGCAGCAUCAGUAAUGUCAUUACAAUACUGUAUGUGCAAUGUGUGGGUGGCAUUAAUAACGGAGUACAGUUUUUCUAGUGUUUUUUUCUCCAUUUCCAUCACAGCACUGUAUUAAGGACAUACUGCAUUUCUUUACUGUUACAGUGGUUUAGCUACGUUGGCAUUGUUCAUUGUCAGUCAUGUUGUAAACUGUAUGUACCUCUUUGUUUUUACAUUGAGUAAUAAAGUGCAUUUUGA